AUCUGUUGGAUUUUCUUUUUCAAUAUCUUUUUCACAUUCUAUGCAGGUUUCUUUUCCAAUUUCAAAUUCUUUCUUUAAUCUUUCAAUUUCACAUCUUCCGCAUUCUUUUGUGUUUUCAACUCUCCAUUGUAAUAUUUGUUCAUCUAAUUUUUCAUCUUCAAGAUUCCAUAUUGUUAAAUAUUUCUUCAUAAAUUCAUAUGUUGUUAUUAUCUUUGUGGUUACUCCAAAUUUUCUUAUUCUUUCAAUUUCCGUUAUUUCUACAUCAUAUCCCAUUCUUUUCAAAUCCAUUCUAAUUAUUUCUUCGAAUAUCUUUGUUGUUUCUGUUUCUUCAACAUUAUUAGAUUCAAUAGAUUCGUCAGAUUCCUCAUCUGACAUUUCUUCAUUUUUACUAAUUGGUAAAUUUUCUUCCUCCCCAUCGUCUGUUUCUGUUAUAGUAUAACUUCUUGGUGUGUCAUCACUAUCUGUUUCAUCUAUAUUUAAUUGCUCAAACCCCCUAAUCUUAUCUUAAACUUUUUCAAUUACUACUUUCGA